GUCGAGUCUUUCUCUUUAUCAAUAUCGUGGCCAGCAGCCUUUAAAUCUCGCUUUCAUCUCACCUUUGCCCAUCGACCAAAUCCUUGCGCGAACAUCUCAUACUCAACUGACCGCCGUUUUCCAUCUGUAUCGAAUUCUUCGUCGCUAGCACCGCUCCCACAAGGAUCCGGUCCAGCCAGCAACCACAUAUCGUUCGACUUUCGGUUGACAACACUUUUUCUUUGUCCUACAUCCACUCUUCAAGCGCACAGGUCCUGGAAGCGUCGUUCCCGCCAUGUCAUCACUGGCUGUACCGGAAUCUUGUUGAAGUUCAACAACCCCAGCCUUGUACCGGCCUUGAUCUAGCCUUUCCAUCCGUCCACCCCGCCCACGAUCCCGCUUAUUCGCCCGUACAAGCGUAUGAGAAAGCCUAUGGGACCAGCGUCUGUUCAAGAUUCAGGCGACGACCCCAGGCUUGAUGAUAUUCAGCCUUGCAAGAGUGGUCCUUGUCAAACUUGUCAACCAUCCCGUCUGUCACUUCCGAUUCCCAAGCCACCACCAACGGACUCACGUUGAGGAACCCCAUUCAUAAGUUUCGGUGCCACCUUGCGUAACCUUGAGCCACCAUUUGUGUAUCUCUCCUCAAGGCAUUUUCUCCGGCGGCUUCUGUGCGACAUCAGCUUUAUUUUGAUUUUGUUUGUCGACGCUUUGUCCCUCGGCUCCUCAGACGACGACCAAUAUACUUUGUGCGCGAUAAUCGACAGAUCGAGUGCGGAACAUCUUGUGGACCGUCGAAUCCAAGUAGCCUCAGUAUCCCAGCAAUUUGAGACUCUGUUGAGUCUCAAAAACCUUGUCCGGUGGAAGAUUCUGCUCUCGCGCCUACUGUUGAGACACCAGCUUCCCUGGAAACUUGGGACGGAGGAAGAUAACUGGGCACUAUUGAGCCACGGCGUCUGUGUUGAGAAGUUCUUUCCCAGAACUUAAGUUUGCACCCUCUUGCAUUUGGCUUCUCGACUCCUUCUUGCUCAUACAUAUAUUUCCACCAUGUACCACGCAUCAUCUUCCUCAUCGCACAACUACCAACAUUCUCGACCUUCGAUGCAAUUACCCCUACCAGCACCUCUUUCUCUGUCUAUUCAAUCACCACGUUCUCAGAAUUAUCCGCCCUACAUGUCUCAGACGAAUCCAGCCUCUCCACCGGUGCAAACACCUGGACAGGCGAGUAACCCCCCGCCAGAUGAAAGUCCGACAGCGGUUGUGGAAGUGAACGACGAUGCGAACUACAAUAUACCAACACCGCCACCUAUUUGUAAACGAUGGCAGGGAAUGCUGUGGAAGAUCGAGGUUAUUCAGAACCCUUUGCGUGCACGCAUGUGCGGCUUCGGUGACAAGGAUCGUCGCCCGAUCUCACCUCCGCCAGCUGUACUGCUCACAAUAUGGGACCCAAACACUGGUGCGGAAAUAGACUACAAGAAAAUUUCAGAUCUUUCGAAACUGAUCCUUAUCGUCGAUCUUUGGAACCUCCACGGCACACGGGAAGACAACUGUGUCAGACACACAACAACUUCGCCUUCGAUAUCUACCACAACUGCCCAUCCCUUUCCAUACACAUACACCGGCAAGGUUAUCAGCAAUCCUUCCGUGGAUUACGAUGGGAGCCGGAUCCCAUCCUAUAUGAACAGCUAUGCCGACCAGGUCAUCCCAAUUGCAGCGAACUCUGGCGGUCCAGUCCAGCCCGCCAAUAGCUCGCAGCCGAACUAUGCGAACGACAACCAUGCUCACGAGGCGAGAACUAAUUCUUUACCCAACAACCAUCAAUCACCCUCGAAUGCCCAGUUUCCGGGCGGCUAUGACCACCAUUCUCCGUCUGCUUUAGUCUCACCUCACUCGAUGACAUCUUCUUCUCGUUCAUCCCAAGACGCCGGUAUCAUAGUAAACGGCGGCCAUCGUGAUUCUCGAGAGCUUCGAGACAUCCGGGAUCACAGAGAGACAACUAUUGCCAGGAAUCUUAUUGGGAAUACCACCGCCAGUGCCAAUUUGUUGUAUGACGAGAAUGGGAAACAUGGUAUCUGGUUUGUCCUUCAAGAUCUCAGCGUCAGAACCGAAGGCUGGUUCCGUUUGAAGGUCAACCUCUUCAACCUCGCACAACCGCCAUUUAUGGAAGAGGAGAGCAGCAACACCAACAAUGGUAAUACCAACGGCAGCAAUAACAAGGAUGAGCAGACACCAGCCAACAACGAAUUGCUGAAAGAAGCCCCACUUUUGGCAUCGGCUUUCAGCAAGCCUUUCAAGGUGUUUAGUGCCAAGAAAUUUCCUGGAGUGAUCGAGUCGACGAACCUGAGCAGGACAUUUGCCAAGCAGGGCAUAAAGAUUCCCAUCCGUAAAGACCAUGGCGGCAAGAAGAGAAAGGCCGGUCCCGACAGUGACGAAGAAGAGUACGAUGAGUGAGACCUUGUCGACGUCGAACGUUGUCCUAUUACUGGUAAACGGCGUUUAUUCCCAUGCAUGUGGUCACGACACGUUUGAACUUGGGGCAAUUAACGGUUUAUGAACUCCUGGUUUUUUUCGAGGUUUGCAUGUUGUCAACGGUUGCAUGACUACGGAGUAUGUUUAGAGUAAUCAUGAGAAUUCCAGUCUAUGCCCUUUUGUGAAAAAGAGAAAGAGAAAGAGAAAAUGUAGAGGGCUAAGACCGGUCGUUUGGAGAAGAUUCGGAUCCGUGGCUCUUGUUUAACGGAGCUACUAAGGUAUUCACUAUGGGACUGCACAAUACUACGACUGAUCGAACAUAUUCUACGGAGUAUGAAGUACUGAAUUACCUUUUAAUGCCUUUUUUUGGUUUCUUUUGGCUCAGUUUUGG